CAGCAGUUAGGAACUUAAAUGCCUGAAAUUCAAAAGAAGUUUGAACGUUUUAAGUAUUCUUUUAAAAAUAUGUUUGGGAAUGCUGGGAGUUUUAAUGCAACAGAUAAAUCUCACAGAACAUAGAAUAUUUUGGCCAUGGGUACUAGAGCAGCUGCAUUUACUGCAAAAAUCCACAACUUACAGCACUACAAUGCCAGAAUCAAGCAUAAUCUAGUUCCCUUGCCUUCUGGUGAUGAUGUAGCCAAUACUUUAAAGUAUUUUUCACAAACGCUCUUGAGUGUGCUGAAAGAUGUGCCCAGUAUCUCUCUGGACGUCCUGAGGUCUCCCGAGAAGGAUGCCGCCCGGACAUCCCUCUUCCCCUCUCUGGAUUACAAAACCCUCCACCAGGCCCUUGUUGAGCUAGUUGACGCUGUGCCGCUGGUCCAGCAUGGGGCUCAUGCUUUGGGUUCUACAAUUCUACAUACUUUGGCUUGUCUGGUGCCCUUCUUGGAACAUGAUUUAAUGGACACAUUACCUUAUCUUGUGGCUUCUGCAAUAACAUUAUUUCCAUGUUCUUUGCACAAAGACAUCAUUGACGUCCUUUGUCACCACCUUAUACCUUUUACUUUUAGGACUGAUCCUAAAGACAAUUGUGACAGCUAUGCUAGCAUGUCGACAGCAGCAGUGUUAAUGAUGAUUUUCCAAUAUACUGAUUGCACUGCUUUCCAUUGUCAAGUUUUGGAGUGUUACAUGAGCCUGAAAAAAGACAUAAUUAAAGAUCUUUUGACUGUCAUUGCUCAUGGUACAGCUAAAGCUCGCUGCCAUGCAGUUGAGUUACUCUUUCAGUAUCUUCCAACAUUGAAUCCUGCUCUGCUGGAUAGAAAAGGAAUUGGGUGGCUGCUAGACUCUCUGUGCACCCUCACCUGUCUUGUUCUCUUUCCUACUUUCUCUCCAUCUUCCGUAUCACCUUCCCUUAUGCCUCAAGGAUCAGGCCAAACUGGUUGGAAACCUCUAAUGUGCCAAAGAGAAAACUGUCUGAGUACUUCCAGCAAUGAAGCCACUAAGAUGUGUUUUGAGCAUUCAGUGAUUAUAACUUCUGGUGAACAUCCUCCUCCACUAUACAUGUGUGAAGCUUGUGCUGAGGCAGUGGAACUGGAACAUGGUCCAGAAAAUUUGGUGGAGGUUUUGUUGCCGAUGGAUAAAGUUUCAGCUACUUGUGAAUAUCCAGACUGUAAAGCCACUGACAAAUCUGUGGUUGCCAUCUGUUUCUCUAUUGAGUGUGCAAAACGCAACGGACAUCGGCCGGUUCGAUACUGCAGCCAGUGUGUGGGGAUUUACCAUAACGACCAGACUGGUGGGGAUCACAUGAUCCACACAACCAUCCCUUCACCUUGGACUAUGGAUUUAGAGACUCAGUCUUACAUGGUUGAAGCUGUGAUUAGCCUCUUGAGAGAAGCAGAGCCUCUGAAUGAGAAGCAUGUGCAAGAGUCUCUGAAUGGCCAGGAUGACAGAGAGGAAAGCCACGAGAUGACAGUGGUGGAAGAGCGCCAGCUUCUGAGCCGUUACGGAAUAUGGCUGUUGGUGGGGCUCUGCACCCCUAACGAGAAUACUCCUGAUGAAUCUCUUGGCAGAUUGCUGAGUAUGUUAUUCCAGUGGUUUCAUUACACUGCUUGCCUACCAGAUGACCAAGCUGGAAAUGCCUUAGAGAGGCUAAAAGCUGAGUACAUACAUGGGUGGCUAAUGGAAGUUGUGAAGAAUCAUUUUGAAGUAUUUGUGUCUUGCUUGUUGCCUCAUCCCAAAGAUUAUGCUAAAGUGGGAGGCCAUUGGGAAUCCUGGCCCUGUUACCCUGUUCAGAUCAAAGAAGGAUUCAAGCGUUUACUAUGUCUAGUACCAUAUGAUAUUAUUACAUUAGAAGUAUGGGAAUACAUUAUGCCUUACUGGAUGGAUGCAUUUAGACAUGAAGCUGUAGAAGCAGAAUUUGCAGAACUCAAAAUUCUUUUAAGCCGAGUUUUAGAUCCAGAUCUGAGCCCCUUGGGGUUUGAUACUAAACAAAUGUACAAAUUUCUUAGCAUGAGGUUUCAGAGCACAUCUUCCCCUGUCCAAGAGCAGGCUUUAUACUGGCUGCAGAUUCUAACUAUGUUGGAAGUCCCGGUCCCCAUGGAACUGCUCUAUGAGAUGUUCAUGAAUGGCGUAGAAGGUAUCACCACCAGGAAAGAAAGUCAGGACCUCCAGACAUCUCUCCUGAUCUCUUCGGCGUCACAGGAUCCAAAAGUUACAGAACGUGCUCACAAGGCACGUAUGAAUCUGGCCAAUGUGGUGGGGGAAGAGAACCCUCUUUUGGACGUGGAGUACAAGUCAGAUGCCGAAAUAGACCUACCAUGCUACAUACUGAUGUUGGACAUCUUGAUCAAACAGUUAGAGCUUCAAGAGAUUCCUCUGCAUAAGGGUUUUGAUGGUUCAGAUGCUCAAAGUGUGCUGUUGCUGCUGAAGGCUUUGACUGAUGCACCUUGGGAGGGAAGUCACUCUUGCCAGGAGGUAGGGGAGGGAAGCCAGUGUCUAUUCUGUGAGGUGUGUGCCAUUUUCUUCCAGCUUGCUCUGAUGCUUGUUGAGUACUUCUCCCCUGUCAUGGAAGUCACUAUGGCUGAUGUUCCCAGUGAAGCUUUUGUAUCAGAUCCAAAACUGGAAACUUCACCACAAAAGGCCAAAAUGGAAAAUCAGCAUGAACCCGAGAUGCAUUCACCACGAAAAGAAGAGGCUGGCUCAACAAGUACCAAAGGGUCUGCUGAGACUCUUCUUGCUACUUCUGGAGAAAAGGGGGCUGCUUCCAGUUCAGAGCAGACCACAGUAUUGCAAAGUGAUUCAACUGCUAAAAGUACUGGUGCAACAUCCUCUGUAGCUGAUGAAACUGAAGAUUCCUUGCAUUUUGUUUCUCAAGAUGGAAUGAAACAUACCACCCCUGAAAAAUGCAAGUUUGCUAUGGAAGAGCUACCACCUCAGUUGCAGUUGUUCCAUGUUCUGUUGAAGGACCUCUCAACAUUUGAAGAUGCAGAUGUUCUCUAUCAUAUUUUGUCCUGUCUGAAAGUGAUGUGUCUUCAUUCUGAAGUAUUGAAUAAAGCAGCUCAUAAUCAUAGGGACUUUUUGAUUUGGUGUCAGGAGAAUACGUUAGUUACAAACCUCUGGAAGUUGCUUCAGGUAGAAUUUUCUCACAUUGCGCAACUGGUGACGGGCUUGCUUCUCCAUUCCAUCACACUUCCAUCUGGAUCCCAUAUAUUCUGGAAAAUUCUAGAAAAAGAUUUUCACAAUGAAGAUUGGAGAACCAGAUAUGCCGCCGUGGAGAAAGUGACCAUGAUUGCACAUUUUGUGGAUCCCUCGACCGUGAAGAACAGCCCCCUUCUGCAGUCCGCCCUGGCCGGUGCAUUUUGCUACCUGGUUCACAGCUUGGAUGACGAGCAGCCGACUAUUUCUCAAAGGGCACUGCUGAAUCUGGAGAGCUUGAAAACACCUUCUCUAAAGCUUUUUGUAUGGUGCAUGGAAGUUCAAUUUGACAGCUGUAUUCCCGACCGUCCGAUGGUCCUGCAGACAGUUCUACAGAUUCACAAUCACCUCACUGGAAAACGUUUUCUGACCUGGGACUUUUUUCUGAAUCGUUUUGAUACUCUGUUCCUCGAGGACCAGAUACGACUCGAAAAUCUUGGAGAGAUAUCUUACGUUAGAGAUUUGAAGAACACCAAUGUGAAUAGUGAGAUGUUUCAGAGAAAACUGAAACGAGCUCAUGAAGCAUUAUCCUAUACUCAAAGAACAAGGUCACUCGCAGCAAGUUUUGGUGACAUUAUGCCUUACAGAAGAACUGUUUCAGUUCCUUCUGCCAUGAUUUUUCGACCUGAAAAAUUAGACCGAGAGAAAAGCUAUGAACGACAGUCCUCUGCUCCUGUGCUGAAGCGUAAGAGUUCCCGAUUGGUGGGUAGCAUGGCGGGAAUGGGAGGUCCUCUGCAACAUUUUCCUAACAGCUUUUUUAUUGAUGGCCAUUUAAAAGACACUGCCCAAGAAGAGUCUCAUUUUCUCAAUGUCUUGUAUCGAGCCAUGGAUACCGAAGAACAUGACAAUGAGACUCUGCACCUUCUUAUAUUUCUGCUUAUGCAGUUUUUGUCUAGACCAGAUCCCAUUCAUCGCUCAGAUGAUAAGAUCACUCGAAGUCAACACAUUGUUUUACGUCACUUGAAUAUUUUGCUUGGCUACAGCCAGAAUCAAGGUGAAGGCAGAUUUUUGCUGCCACCUCAUAAGAUACGGAGCUCGGCCAUAUUUAGCACUUUCCUUCUGUGCAUGCCAAAGGUUCUGGACAAUAAUUUUACAAUGGGAAAUUUCUUACUUCCGAUGUGCAUGUCUGUGCUAGUGUGUUGUCCCUCGCCUCUCAAGUAUCCUAGUGAGCACUAUCCACCUACUUACUCAUUGUGGCUGUUGGAUCCAUUUUGUCGGCAUUCCUGGCUACAGUCCACCUUGGUCAUUAUGUACAAAUACCACUACGACACCUUCCCAUUUACACGCUCUAUCCAGUGGUUGAUCUUAAUUGUUCUAAGCACUCUGAAAGCACAACGUCAUCGCUGCAAGCAAAUCCACGAGCCCUUGCUUAGCCCUCUGCCUUCAAGAUCACGAGAUUUUGCUGCAUCAUGUGUUGAUAUGGAACACGUGCUUGAAAGAGACAAAGAUGGCUCAUUUGAUACAAGCUCUCUACAUGAGGAUAGCUCUAAGUCAUUUCGGGGGAAACCAAAAUUUUCUAGCAGCAAAAUAAAUGAUUCAAUUUUAGACCAGCAAACUCAAAAGCAAAUUGGGAAGGAAAAGAGUCACCAGUGGAAAUCUUGGAAAUCUGGAGAGAGGAGUUGUUCCAGCGAAGGCGAAGAUGCAGAACCUGAAUUGGAGGCAAUUCCGGAGAGUCCAAAGUCAGAGAGCUCAGAGAUGGAGCAUUUCCAAUCAGAUCUGUGUUACCCACCAAUGGCUGACCUGGCUUGCUCUAAACCUGUUGAGGAUUUGGCAUAUGCAACUGAGAGCGUUGCUGCUUCUAGCUCAUGGACUAAAGCCAUUGAUGAAUUUGCUCUCAUAUCCAAUUCGGAUGGAUCCAAUCCAGAGGAGAGGCUUCAAAGUCUGGUUGAUGUUCCUCUGAGCUCUGUUUCUUCUGAAGCAGAGAAUGCCAGCAUAGUUGAAAAGUCUGCUGUUGAAGUUAUGGAGAAAUAUUUGUUCACUGAAGGUAUUCCUAAAGAUCACGCUUCAAAAGAAAGCUCCCAAGUUCAACCAGCAACUGUCAAAAGAAUGUCGCAGCAGUACUCAUUGCCAGAAAAAGAUUCUGUACCAAUGAGUUUUCCAGGUGACAAUAUUUUAACCGAGAAGCAACAAGUUGCUUCAGUUUCACCAGAAAUUCAGAUGAAUGAAAAUAUUGAUGUUAAAAAAUAUAAUAUGCCCUUUCAUUUAACGAAGCAGUUUGAAGGCAAAGAGGACGUGUCACGAAUGAAAAGUUUGCCUUUUGAAUCAAAUAAACAUCAAAGCGUAGCUAGGAGCAAAACCGACAGCAAUAUCUUGGAUUUACCCCAGUUAGAAACAAAAGCUUCUCAUUCCAGGUAUCCUCAUUCAAUGUUCUCCAGCAAAAAAAGUUCUCAGUCAAAAAUUUCAAGACAAGCUGAAAUACUUGGCAGUGAAAGUUUAACUGUUCCUAUUUUCAGGCCUCCACUCGAAAGAUUGCUCCCAAUUGGAUUACCAGAGAGAGAAAAACUAAAAAGAAGUGAGACACUUGUCGUCCCUCCUGCUGAACACAUGCCAUUACGUCAUCAACUGUCUGUGGACCAUAAUUUGUCUCGUGAUUCAUUCCUGAGUAGAGAUUUGUGCGAGGACAAGGGUGUCCAAACAGGAAAUGUAGAUCCUUUGUUUGAUAUUCCUGCCCCCGAAAGACUGCUGCCAGUGGGACCCAAACCAACUAAGAAAGAUUGUUUCCCUCCUUUUAUAAAGCAGGAAUCCAGACAAAAAGUUGAAGAUUUGCCAGUGGUGUCCAUACAGCAGAAACCUGAUGAAGAUUCAAAGAAGGAAGACACUAGAGUAGAUGUUGAAGAUGAGAAAUCAGUCAUAGAUACAAGCAAGAAACAUGCUCUUCUCAGUAGAGACAGCACAGCAAUUGAGCUCUCUCUAAAUAAAAAUCUGAAAACAGAAAUUAGUUUGCCAGAAAAUGAACCAAAAGACUCGGGAGCCGAAGUGGGAAAAAGUGCACUUGCAACAGCAAUUAAGAGUGAAAAUUUUCCUAACAAGAUAUUUGAUUUCACCUCUGACUUGUCUCAACCUGCCUCUGCAUUUGGAGUCUUUGACGUGUGUAAGCUUGCCAUGGAUAUGAAAACUCCUGACUAUACAGGUCAGGAUAAAAAGCAUCUGAAAGAUGCUGAAUCUAUGGAUAACCUUGCUUGUCCUAGUAAUGAAAAGCAGAUCAAUGAAAAAAUUGAGCUGUCAACUUUUAGUGAAGUCACUCUGCAAAAGAGUCUUGAGAAAGCUUUUGAGGAUGAAACUAAAUGUCGUCUACCCUACCGACAACGCAAGCAGAGAAAAUCAGGACUUGGAAAUUUGGAAGCUCAAAGAAGUUUUGAUCACCAAAAUGCUGGGGCAAGACGAAUGAAAAAAAUGGAAGUGGGCUCAGGAAAUGCUUCCAAGCGUGCCAGCAGCACUCAGUCCUCUCAUAUACGUUCCGUGGAUGACCAGGUGAUUGAGCGGUGCACCGAGUGUGGAGUGGGCGUGGAAGAGUACAAUGACGAAGAAAUCGGCCUCUGCAUUGUUAUUCUGGCCACCUUCGUGCACAGGGAACCGGCCAUGGCAGCCCCCAUGUUGCCCAAGAUGCUGCGUGUAGUUGCUCGGAUUGCUGCAAGUCCCAAUUACCCGUGGCAAAGUGAAAGUAAUAUUCAUUUACCUGGUGGAUCUGUUAGUAUAGCGAGACAAUUCCUGCGCUGCACUUUACAUCAGCUUGCUCCAAAUGGAAUUUUUGUACAGAUAUUUCAAUCUCAUGUUAUAGAACCAGAGUUCUACAAAACAAUGGCAUUGGCCUUGGCUGAUUUUGCUGAAGUGAAUCAAGUGACACCUUUACUGAUGUUAUUUGAAAACUUGAAUGAGCGAAAGCAUCUGCACCAUGAAGUGAUCUUCCACAUGCUAGACAAUGUAGCUGUGUACCUGGACUGCCUGCCCCUGGAGAGUGGAGCUCCACCCUGGCCUGCUUUCUUGCAGCAACUGGACCUGUUCCUGCGAAAGCUACUGCUCACCCUUGUUCCUGGUCCUAUUGAGUUGCAUGCAAUUAUCCAAAUCAUUCUUUGUGCCCUUAAAUUACCUGUCAUUAAAGAGGCCAAGUCUAUUUUAGAUCCUUUUUCAAAAAUUUUGAGCCAUGCAAUUUUAAACUCUGCUUUGGAUUACAACCAAUUAUCAGAACUUUGCACAGUCUGCAAUCGCAAUGUGCGGGAUCGUGAUAAGCAACUGUUGACAAGAACAACUGUAUUUGAACUGGUACAAUCCCUCAAGUUUAAAACAUCUGUUCCUGAUGCAAAUCUUCUGACUCUAGUUCAAUUUGUUUUAGCUGACUGUGGAGGCAGAUUAGCACCUAAUGUUAUCCUAGAUGGAAUACCUGUUACUUUUGAAUCUCUGUCUGGGUACAAAACUAUGGCAGGUGAAUGCAUGCAACAGUAUUUGACAGAUGCACUGGAGUUUGUUGCUGAUGUACAUACCUUAAACAAAGUUAAAAACAUGCUUUAUGGUCCUUCUACCCAUCUAAAUGAAGAAACUUUGGGAGGCCACUUAAAGGCAGGAAUUUCGCAAUUCCUUGCUAUUGAAUUCUCAAAGAACAACGGUCGGGACAAUAGAGCUAUCAGCAGAUAUCUGCCGUGGUUGUAUCAUCCACCAACUACAUUGCAGCAAGGCCCUAAGGAGUUCAUGGACUGUGUUAGUCACAUUCGUCUACUGUCAUGGCUGCUAUUAGGGGCACUAACACAUUCAGCUCUGAUGCAAACUCCUUCUGCCUGCCAGCCCAUUCCCCUGGAGGCUAAUGGACACAUAGCUGAACACAUACAGCUGAUUCUGGCUGGAUUCUCAGAACAAUCCAAGGUUUCUGUUCUGCACAUGUCUUCAUUAUUCCAUGCUUUCAUUUUGUGCCAGUUAUGGACUAUGUAUUGUGAAUACAUGGUCGCUCUGAAUCCUCCUGGCAGUGAGCAAAACCAGAUUUGCGGCCUCACCCUGACCGAUUUCUGGGCCAAAGUGACUCCUGGCAUUUUGCAGCUUGUGUGUCACUCCAAAGAGGAAUAUCCACAGCUCUCAGAAAUGGUGAGCCUCCAUUUUCUAAGUCUUAUGGAAGCACUUCAAGAAUGUAAUUCUACAAUUCUUGCUAGGUUACUUCCUAUGUGGACACCUGUCAUGUACAGUUUCCAAGGGCAUCUGUCUGGUAAUUUGGGCCUGAGGCUCCAAGGUUGUGUCAGUUGUCCUCCGCCCACUCGGUCCAAGGAAGAAGUGGCUGGAUCCAGCCCUUUCCUGCGCUGGCUGCAACGCCUCCAGUUUAAAAUGGGUCAGAUAGAACUGCAGUCCUCCAAUGCCACACAGUUCUAUUCACUGUAAAGUCUUUAGUUUGUGUUUGACAGCAGUACUUCAAUUGGUGAUUUCAUUUUUUAAAGAAAUUCUUUUUUUAGAAUUGACCUAACU